CACCGCCAGCAUCGCGCGCGCGUCUUUCCUCUUUGCCGUUUGCACGUUCGUCCACCCUGUUUCACCACAAUUCCCCCAUAUCGAUUGUUCGCGAUUCUUCCCCAUACGGUACAGAAUUGCCGAGCAUGUGGUCCACGAUUCCCGCCGCAGCUCGUCUCGUCGGCCAGUGAAUCGAGAGCCAGAGAGAGAGAGAGAGGGAGAGUCGAUUGUUGUAAAAGAAACAAAAACAAAAAAAAAAGAACACCACGCUCGCCACACACGGACGGAAGCGACGGACAAGACAGAUCACCCUCGCCAAUGCUGCCGGCAACACGUCGACAUCUCCUCAGCCUGACCCGGGACGAUUCUAGCGACGGGGGAGGAUGCAACAGCAACAGCAACAGCAACAACAGAACCAGGAGCAGGAGCGGGGAAUCGUAAUGGUCCCGUCGUCCUCCACCUCUUCUUCCUCCUCCUCCUCCUCGUCCUCCUCCUCCUCGACAACCACGUCCACCACCAGUACCGAGCUACAAGACGUCGCCAGUGUCACAGAGGCCGGACUGCCGAAUUUCACCUUGCAGAGCGUCGCCCUUGGUCUACAAGGUGCCCUCUUGGCCGCCCUUCAAAGAGCUGCACUCCUUCCCCCUGGACACGCAGCAGCGGCCGCUCUCAAUCUCCAGGCGUUGGAGACCUAUCUGACCCUUCAUCGACUGCACGCCAGCAGCACGGCAACAGGUGUCAAUCAGUCCACCGGUUCGGGACUGGCUAAUCAGAGGUGUUCGCCGAUAAAUACCGGAUUAGAGAACGCGUUGGCCUCGACGACACCGUCGAAGAACGAUCAGCUGACCGCUGAGAGACUGCUGCAGUCUGUGGACGAUGAAGAGGAGGGACGGUUGGAUUUUAUCGGAGAUCCCGAGGAGGAUCUGGCACUGUUGGAGGAGCAGGAAGUGUUGCUGAGAGACACGUCCGUGGCGACUUCUUCGGCGAACCAGGAGGCACUGUUGCGACGGAUAUCGGAAGGGAGUCGCGUGAAUUCCAGUUCCGCGACCACCGUAACGCAAUCAACGUCCCUGUCGCAAAUAACCGCCUCGACGUUCACGUCGCCGGCCUCUUCGUCCGUUUGUUCGUCGUCCUCCUCGUCCUCGUUGUCCUCGUCGUCGCCGCUACAGGCCACGUCUACCUCGGCCGAGCCGAGCAUACCGCGGACCUGCAGGGCGUCCAGGCCUAAGAAGCAGUUCAUCUGCAAGUUCUGCAGCCGACAGUUUACGAAGAGCUACAAUCUGCUGAUACACGAGAGAACGCACACCGACGAGCGACCGUAUUCCUGUGACAUUUGCGGAAAGGCCUUCCGACGGCAAGAUCACCUGAGGGACCAUAGGUACAUUCACAGCAAGGAAAAACCGUUCAAAUGCGCCGAAUGCGGCAAAGGAUUCUGCCAGAGUAGGACCUUGGCCGUGCACAAGAUCCUCCACAUGGAGGAAUCCCCGCACAAGUGUCCCGUCUGCGCCAGAAGCUUCAACCAGAGAAGCAACCUCAAGACCCACCUUCUCACUCACACAGACAUCAAACCUUACCACUGCGCCUCCUGCGGCAAGGUGUUCCGCAGGAACUGCGACCUCAGGAGGCACUCGUUGACUCACAAUUUGGGCGUAUCGACGUCACCGCCGCCGCCAGGGAUCCCUGUCCCCGGUUCUGGAGCCGUCGUGCUUCAAGAAACGUCCUAG